CCUCCUGCGUUUGGACUCCAGACCAGUUAGCAGCAAGCUAACUAGUGAGCCGAGGGAUAACGCGCCAUAUUUCUUAUUUUCUUUCUUUGUGGCGAAUCUAACUAUUACAAAUUCUACUUGGACGUCCGAUUUAAAGGAAAAGUUUUUUUUUCGACGGCUAGUUAAGACGUCGUUCUCCUCGCGCGCGGAGAAAACACAGAGCCAUGUACAAUGGUAUUGGCCUGACCACACCCCGAGGCAGUGGCACCAAUGGCUAUGUGCAGCGUAACCUGUCGAGCCUGCGGGUCAAGCGGCCUCGGGACGAACGUGGUGGCGAGCGGGAUGAGAAGGACCGGGAAAGGCUAGAGAGUCAGCUCAACCGGCAGCCCAAUGCCGACAUCCUGGAGCACCAACGGAAGAGACAGCUGGAGGUGAAGUGUGCCGAGCUGCAGGACAUGAUGGAGGAGCAGGGGUAUUCAGAGAAGGAGAUCGAGGAGAAAGUUAACAGUUUCCGUAUGAUGCUCCAGGAGAAGCAAGAGCCGACUCCUGCCACCAAUGAGAGACCAACGGCAACGGAGACUCAUGCUUUGGCUGCUGCCAACCAGCAGAAGAACGACCGUCUCCGUGCUGCUUUCGGAAUUGCCAGCGACUACGUGGACGGAUCAUCGUUCCACGCAGACCGCAAGGAGAAAGAGAAGGAGAAGAGAGAGCAGGAGCGCUUGGAGAGGGAGAGGCUGCAGCAGCAGAAAUACACGUUGGUGGAAGAUUCAGACGACUCAGAUUCUCCUCCGAAAAAGCGUAGUCGAAAGAAGAAGAAGAAAAACAAGAACAGAGACAGCAGCUCAGAGAGUCCGUCACCAUCUCCGAGACGAGAGAAGAAAAGAUCCAAAAAGAAGAAGAAGAAACGUGAGGUGUCUGAAGAUGAGGAAGAGGAAGAAGAGGGUUCUUCAGACGAGAAGCAAAAAGUGUCAAAGAAGAAAAAGAAGCAGAGAGAAAGUUCAGGUUCUCCUAAAACAAAGGCAGGAAGGCACAGGAGUGUUUCCUCCAGUUCAGCCAACAGUGUGUCUCCAGCUCCUCCUCCAAGAUCACGUCAACAAGAGCAAACUGUGAAAAAAACAGAUGAAGGAAGAAAAGGGAGAUCACCAGACAGGAGGAGACGGGGUUACGAGGAGCAAAGCCCACAUCAUGGAGGCGAAACGAAGAGGCCCAAUCUUGAGAGAGAAAGAGAGCGACCGAAGGAGAUGGCGAAGACUGCUACCAAGAGGAGACAUGACUCUUCAUCCCCCUCUCCACCACCACAGACAGAUAAAAGCCGAGACAGAGGAAAAGGAAGGAGAUCCAGAAGCAAACAGAAGGAGACUGAGAAGGGGAGACAGUCCAGGAGCAGAGAGAUGGAGAAAAGGCAGCGGUCCAUGAGCGUAGAGAAUGAAAGAGAGAGGGGAAGGCGCUCCAGAAGUAGAGAGAUGGAGAAACGUCGGCGGUCCAUAAGCAUAGAGAAUGAAAGAGAGAAAGGAAGACGGUCCAGGAGCAGAGAGGUUGAGAAAAGGCGGCGGUCUGUGAGCGUAGGAAGUGAAAGAGAGAGGGGAAGGCGCUCUAGAAGCAGAGAGAAUGAGAAAGGAAGGCGUUCAAGGAGCAGAGAAGAUGAGAUGCUAAGACGGAGGCGCUCAAGGAGUGUUGAGAAAGAUAGACAGUCCAGAAGCAGAGAGAUGGAGAAAGGAAGGCGGUCCAGAAGCAGAGAGAUGGAGAAAGGAAGGCGGUCCAGAAGCAGAGAGAUGGAGAAAGGAAGGCGGUCCAGAAGCAGAGAGAUGGCGAAAGGAAGGCGGUCUAGAAGCAGAGAGAUGGAGAAAGGAAGGCGGUCUAGAAGCAGAGAGAUGGAGAAAGGAAGGCGGUCCAGAAGCAGAGAAAAUGACAGAGGGAAAGGGCAGUGGUCCAGAAGCAGAGAGAAUGACAGAGGGAAAGGACGGCGCUCUAGAAGCAGAGAUAUGGAGAAAGGUAGACGGUCUAAGAGCAGAGAGAUGGAGACAAGGCGGCGGUCCAUGAGCAUAGAAAAUGAAAGGGAGAGGGGAAGGCGCUCUAGAAGCAGAGAAAAUGAGAGACAAAGAGGGAAGUGCUCAAGGAGUCUAGAGAAAGGAAGGCAGUCCAGAAGCAGAGAUGUGGAGGAGGGGAGACGGUCCAGAAGUAAAGAAAGGAGGGAUAAAGGAAAGGAGAAUGUUCCUGAUAAGGUCAGACAUGACUCCUCCUCAUCCUCUUCCUCCUCUCCCUCCCCUCCUCCUCUGUCUAAAGCAGACCUUAGAGAAAGGGAAAGGACUAGAGAGAGAGAAAAGCAGGGCAGACGGACAAGACAUGAUUCCUCCUCCCCUUCUCCUCCUCCACCUCAGAAGGAAACAGCGAGGAGGGAGAGGAGUGGAGACAGGGAGCGAAGGACUGAUAGAGAUGUGCUCUCUAGGGUGCAAAAUGAGCGGGAGGACAGGAGAGAAACCGGGAGGAGACAGGACAGAGAGGGAUCUCCACGGCAGCAGAAAAAUGACAGAAGAAAGGAAGUACGCCCAUCUCGAGAUUCUCCGUCACCCCCUUCACGCUCUCCUGUCGCAAAUGGGCGACAAAAAGAACGGGAGGAGGAGAGAAGACGGGAGGAGGAGAGGGACAGGCAUCUGAACAAGCAGAGGGAGCAUGAACAAGAGCUCCACCAAGAAAGCAGCAGAAAGAGAGAUGCAGUCAGCCAUUUAUCUGUUGAGAGACGGCGAGAUGGAGCAAGAACUUCAGAGAAAGGCCCUAGUGAAAGAAAUGAGACGAACGUUAGUAAAGAGAAGACGAGAAGCCCGCCAAGGAAGGAGAAACACGAGGUGAAACAGGCAGAGAAGAAGAGCAACAGCAGCAGUAGUAGCAGCAGUAGCAGCAGUGACAGUGACAGCGAUAGCUCCUCCUCAUCCUCGUCCUCAUCAUCGUCAUCCUCCUCUUCAUCUGAAGAUGAAGGGAAAGCAGAGAAAGCUGACCAAGCAGGCCGGGAAAAAGGAAGCCCUGUUCGAAGUUCUGCCAUCAGUGUUGCAGUUCAGAAGUAUUUAGCCAACGGUAGAAAUGUCAGCCCUCCGGCUGCAUUUGAUGGUGAGAGACAAGCUCAGAAGGAGAGAGAAGGAGGAGAUAAACAUGAGAGGGAACGAGCGUCCCACCAAGCUCCUCCAGAGACUCACUCCACCAGCAGCAGAGGACAGGAGCGCUACAGUCCCACACAGGUGGACAGUCCCAGUCCGCCUCCCUCUCCACCAAAGAGAGCAGAAACCAGCAGAGGCAGGGACAGGUACUCACCUUUUGUGGCUGAAGCAGAGAGAACAAGGGCAGAGCAGAAAGAAAGGGAGAGAGGACGGGACAGGGACUCCGCCAGGAGACCGGGGAGGCCAAGUCCGUCAUCCAGGAGGUCACGUUCUCCACCCCUGAAAACUGCCACCACCUCCCCUCCACGCCGCACUCCACCUAAGCAGUAUCAGGAACCCGCCCCUCGAUCCAGGAGAGCAUCACCACCUCCAGCCUGGUCAGACCGGGAUAGAGAGAGGCAGAGGGACAGAGGGAGGGACAGGGACAGAGAAAGGGAGCGGCUCAUCAGGAGGAGCCGGUCUCGGUCCAGGAGUCCAAGAAGGCACAGCAGGUCCAGAUCUAGAAGUCCAAGACGGAGAAGUCCACCUAGCAGGUUUCGCCGCUCUCCUUCUCCACAGCGUCGGAGGAGGAGCAGUCGCUCCGUGUCCAGAGAGAGAGCAAGAGAACGGGAACAAGAGCGAAUCAGGCAGAGAGAGGUGGAAAAAGAGAGACAAAGGGAAAAGGAGCAUCUGCCUCCUAAAACUGUCCCCCAGCCUCGCAGGUCCUCCUCAUCCUCCUCUUCCUCCAGCUCCUCCUCUUCUUCUUCGUCCUCUCCUUCUCCACAGCGGGAGAGAAAAGACACAAAAGCCCCGACAGAGAGAGGCAGGGGGGACGAGCGAGAGGACAAGAAGAGAGAAAGCCACUCCUCUUCUUCGCAGCGACCUUCCAGAGACUCUCCUCGUACUCCAUCAUCAGGUGGAAGAGGCUCCCAGUCAGACUCCAGGCGCUCAGAGGUGCCUUCCAGGAGGUCUCCAGCCGGCAGCCAAUCAGAAACCAGGCAGUCGUCACGUGGUCCGAGCAGGAAGGAGUCGCCUGUGCCCGCCCCUCAACCGUCAAACCAACCGGUCAGAAGUGAGAGCGCUGUGAACGGGAAGCAGGCAGCUGCAAACAAGAAAGUCGACGUGAGCAGCAGCUCCAGCUCCUCCUCUUCAUCAUCAUCCUCCUCUUCUUCAUCAUCAUCAUCAUCUUCCUCAGACAGCUCCGACUCUGAAGCGGAGCAGAAAACAAGUAAAGCCGUCAAGGCUGGGAGCUCUUCUUCUUCAUCAUCUUCAUCAGAGGAGGAAAAGGAAACCAAGAAAAAGAGCCCUGACAGACCGGGGAGGGUGCCGGCGGAUUCACUGAGAGAUUCUCGCUCUCUCAGUUAUUCUCCUCCGAGGUACAUGAGAGCGGCGCCGUCCUCGCCGAGCCGCAGGACCGGCAGCCGACAGUCACCAAGCCGAACGUCCAGCAGCAGGCGAAGGAAAUGAGAAGACGGCGUGGAUCUCCUUCACUCUUCCUUCUCUAAGUUGUUUCUCUGCUCGUGACCAAUGGUUCGAACUAGACGAUGACGUGGACUGUAGCGCCAGCGGUCAGUAGAGAUGCAGCUGUGAAUGUUAGUUCACUGGUUCUGAGCCGGUUGUCAACGCUGAGUUUGUGUGAAGCAGUAAAGAACGAAGACUGGCCUGUACAGCUCUUUUUAUAACAUGAAACAGAAACGUGCACAUCACACACACAACCACAGUAAAAACGUCACUAAUGAUUCUCGGCUGUGCUUGUACUGUUUGUUUGGUUCUCCCUGUAGAUAUGAGCUGUCCGUAUUUUGGUUAUUACCAUGUAACAGAAACUCAAAUGUGCUUAUUUCUUUGUUGAAAUGGUUAAUUAUAAUAAUAAAACACAUUGUACAUUUUA